AUCAUCCAAUUCAGUAAGAAAAAUAGUAAAGCAACUCUUCUUCAACAUAUUAGCUAUGGAAACCUACAAACUCAUUUCUAUCCUUCUUUCCUUCGCAAUUAUUGCAUUCUCCACUUCUGCAAGAAUGCUUGAUGAGCAACCCUCGAAUCCGGUCGUGCCACCUGUUGCUACGGCCACCCCAAUAGUCCCACAGCCUAAUCCUACUGGAGCCGUUGUUGGCAACCCUGGUGUGGCUGCAGGUGCAGCCACUGGUCCUAUUCCCACAGGAACCACUGUUGGGAACCCUGGUGUAGGUGCUGCAGCCAGUGGUCCCAUUCCCACAGGACCCAAUGUUGCCAACUCUGGUGCUGGUGCAGCCACUGCUGACCACCCCUUGAUCUUCUUCAUGCAUGAUAUCCUAGGUGGGUCAAACCCCACUGCUAUAGCAAUCACUGGUGUGGUCAACAACCCUGCAGUCAACGGUCAACUUGCAUUCCCCAAACCAAAUGGUGCUAACCUCCCGGUCAACAAUGGGGUAGACGAAAAUAGCGGCAACAAUGGUUUCUUAAACAACAACAACAUCCCAUUGCUGUCAGGUCUCGGUGGCAACGCACAAGCAAUGUUGCAAAACGGUAACAACAACGGCGGUGGAUUCCCAGCCUUAGUGGGUGGCCAAGUUCCGGCAGGCUCCACUCUCCAAAAGCUCAUGUUCGGAACCAUGACCGUCAUCGAUGACGAGUUGACAAUAGGACAUGAGCUAACUUCUGGAUUCAUUGGUAAGGCACAAGGAUUCUACGUUGCUAGUUCAGUCGAUGGAACUAGCCAUACAAUGGCGUUUACAGCAAUGUUCGAGAGUGGACACUACGCUGACACGCUUAGCUUCUUCGGGGUUCAUCGAACCGGGGCAUCGGAGUCGCAUUUGGCCAUCAUGGGGGGGACAGGAAAAUAUGUGAAUUCAAAAGGGUUUGCAAUUGUGAGGAUUGUACCAGCGAGUAAUCAAACAGGGGAGACUGAUGGGUUUCAAACAGUGCUAGAGUUCAAUGUUUAUCUGACCUAUUAGAUGAAGGGUGCCCACAUAGUUUGGUGUGUGAUUUUUAAGUGAAAGUGACUUUAAUUUGGUGUGAUUUACAUAUUUGGUAUGUUGUACUCCUAUAUAUGAAUAUUAUCUAAAGUUGUUAUCUUAUGAACAUGAAAAACAAUGAAAUUUAUAAUCCAAAAAUGAACUUAUUUAUGCUCAA